ACAUUUUUCAACCCGUUUUUCCCGUGGUGGCUUGAACGCACCCCGCGCUGUUGCUUUAAGAGGGCCGAGCUUCCCCAGCUCAGAGUCUGAAGCGCACUUUUUCAUCUACCUGCUGCCUUGCCGCUCUCCUCCGCCUUGAUUGGCCCUCUGGAGCCAAAUCCCCUUGAAUGAUUUCAAACCCGAAGACUUUGGACACAGAGGAGGAAGAGGAGGAGGAGGGAGGAAGAGGAGGAGGUGUUCGCUGGAAACUGGGCAGGGUGGAAGAGACGGAGCCCUCUCAGUCCAACCGAACGCACCAUCUCAUGACAGAGGUUUAUAUCCGCGGACAAAAAGCUGUUGCUGGCGGCUGGCCGCGUCCAGACGGUGGGAAAGGUGGACAGACUCGGACCGAAUUCGCCUUGGCGCUCUCUUUCUUUCAUUCUUUCUCUCUUUCUUUCCUUUUCGGUCGUUGUUUUUGUAUGAGCGCUCGAGUGGAGUGAUGUCCGGCGCGGGUGGUGUCUAAGCUGUGGGACGCGGUGUGCUGACCGGACUCGUCGCUCGAGACUAACAGGACCGGACCGGGAAUUCCCUCCGAAUAAGUAUCCAAAGGCAAACAGUUGACUAGUGGAGAAAUGGGAGUACCGGCAGUUGUCUCCGGGCUCCAUUGAGGCUUUUCUUUACCGGGUCAAAAGGGUUUAGGGGGGGUAGAGCGUUCAGCUCGUGCACAGGUUGCCAUAGCAUCACAUUCACAUCUUCCACUCCUUUCAGAGCCCAGGGGUCUUCACGUUUUGGACAAUGUGCUCGUUUCUCAACACCGUUCCUCAACUCGGGUCGGGGUCCUCGCAGUAAAUUCCGAGCCGCAGGAUUCCACGCACUGAGAUUCAGAGCCACAGUCAUGGCCAAGAAUCCCUCGGACGGGGCCAAGGAUGACCUGAGCCAGCUGACGGACGAUGACCUGCUGCGUUGCAGCAAAGAGGAACUGGUGAGGAAACUGAGGAGGGUGGACGGCGAGAAGAUGAACUUGAUGAUCGAGCACGGCAACAUGAUGAAAGACAUCAACCGGCGGCUGCAGGUGCACCUGCACGAGAUCCGCAGCCUGAAGGAGGUCAACCAGAAGCUGCAGGACGACAACCACGAGCUCCGGGAGCUCUGCUGCUUCCUGGACGACGACAGGCAGAAGGGCAAGAAGCUGUCCCGGGAGUGGCAGCGCUUCGGCCGCUACACUGCCAGCGCCAUGUGGAAGGAGGUGGGCGCCUACAUGAUGAAGCUCAAGGAGCUGGAGGCCAACCAGGAGAGCGUGUUGAGGGAGAACUCCGAGCUCAAGGAGAUCAUCCUCAUGCUGGACGAGGAGAGGAACGGGGCCGGCUCCAGGAGCUCCAUAGACAGCCAGUCCAGCCUCAGCAACCUGAACGGCGGCGCCGGGACGGUGAGGGACGUCGGAGACGGGAGCAGCACGUCCAGUACGGGGAGCGCGGGCAGCCCGGAUCACCACAAUCACAACCACGCGCACAAGCCCACGGAAAACAGCAAGAUGCCCACCAUGAGGAGGUCGAUGGAUGACCUGUCAGCUCCACAUCAUCACAGGAGCAUCCCCAACGGACUCAACGAUUCCUCCUCCAACUACAUCAGGCAGUUGGAGACAAAGGUCCGGAUACUGGAGGACGACAACAAUAAGCUCCUCUCUCAGGCCCAUAACCGCUAUAGCUUAUCACAGAUACAGAUGAAAAAGCAGUGCAACCCAGGUGACCUCCGAGCCCUGAGGAAGGGAAUGACUCUGUACCACUCCGAGUCCCAGCUGUCCUCGCUGCCCCAGCGCCAGGAGGCCAUGCACAUGGGCACAAACCGCCUGCCAACCAGCGAGUCGUCUCCUGCCACCGGCUACCUGUCCUGCGUCCAGAAGCCCGAGGCGGUGGUGCACGCCAUGAAGGUUCUAGAGGUCCACGAGAAUUUGGACAAGCAGGCUCCCGAGGACUACGAGGACGAUCUGAGUGAGAAGGAGAAGGCCAUCGUGCGAGAAAUGUGCAACGUGGUGUGGCGAAAACUGGGCGACGCCGCCGGAUCAAAGAUGUCCAUCAGGCAGCAUCUCUCUGGGAACCAGUUCAAGGGCCCGCUGUAGCACCGCGCCAACGACCCGGCUCGCCUACAUCCACCCUGAGGGGGGGAGGGAAGGGAAACGCCACCGCAUCAAACCUGCCGACACCACCCAUCACUCCACGCAUCCUGCAGAAAACGCCCUCUUUCGGGACCGACUGAGACGGCUACAGGACGGACUGCGUCGUCUUGAUAUUUACAUGUACAGUAGAAUCAUCUCACGAUCGAUGGUGAAGGUGACCACUGGCAGCUAGUUGACCCACUUUCCGUCAGUCUCAAACACUCUCACCGCUCUGCUGGCCUCCUGCGAGAGCGUGGCGGCGCUCUCGCAAGCCGGUGGUGCAACAUGGUUUCAAGCACAGACGCGACGAAGCCGCAGGAGCCGAGGCCUCAACCCCGCAUGCUACGGGGGCUCAAAAGUGCCACGAUGCGACAAAUAAUUUGUCAAAUAAAUACUCUGAAUUAGUGGUGGGCAAAAUAGAAUUGCUAUAACAAUAGAAGUUACUAUAUGUUCCAUCUUUUUUUUUUUUUUUUUCAGGUGUGGUUGUGACUGUGUGUCACAGCAAACAGAGCCCCCACAGAAACAAAUAGUGCUCCUGAAUAACAUUCCCACUUGUAAUAAGCUGUUUAUUGAUCCAGAUCACCAAACUUGCACAUGGUAAUGGUAUGUUCAAAUAUAUUGAUUCUUAUGUUGAACAAACAGUGGAGAAAAUGGUAAAGCUAACAAUCUCAACAGUAAUUACAGUUUUGGGUGAUUUUCAAACAUCAAUUGGAAUUUAUGGUGACAACGCGAAAUCAAAAUUCUUAUCGUGAUACGAAAUGUAUCGCGAUAAACGGUAUACAAUGCGAUAAAUGCUCACUUCUGCUUAAAACUUCAGCUACGGUAGAUACAUUUCAAAAACAAACCUCAGUAUUUACAUAAAUGAUUCAGUAGUUUAUUAAAUUAGUUAUAGAAACUGAACCUGCUUUGAUAUUUAUUUAUUUCACGUUUGAGCAAUAAAAUGAAUUCAAAAUGUAACACAUGAUCUGGAAAAAAUAAAAAGUAAAAAUCAAUUCGACCAGAUUUUCUUUAAUACAACUUUGCAUUUCCAAAACUAUUUCAACAUCUAUGCAACUAUAAAUAAAAGUACUUAUUUCUCGUAUUUCCAAUGCCAUAUUCAUUUUGCGACUCAUUUUUGCGAAUCUUGGCACUUUUGUUCCCACACGCAGCAGAGCUGAGAGGGCGACUGUGUGGCCGAAUUUUUAGACAACUUUUAGUAGUAACCCCUCUAUAAAUAAAUGUGAAAAGAAAAAAAACAACUAACUCCUGUCUCACGGACCUUCCCACACCCUACUGGUCAACGAGUAUAAUUAGGAUUAGCAUUCUGAGACGUUAACUUAAAUGAAACCCACUGUGAUUCAUGAGUCUAUGACUAUAAUUACGACUAGGGAUCUCUGUUGACUUGUGUAUAAUGUGUAUGAAACCAUAGCACUACUUUGUGUUGAUUUGACGUUUUCUCUGUUUUGUACACUAGCGUGGCCACUUGAGCAAAUGUGUUUUUUGUUGAUUUUUUUUUUUCUGUUUGGAAAGCACACUCAUACUCUGACCUUCAAACCGGGUUUGCUUUUGGUAUUAACCCUUUAUUAUUAUUGUUAUUAUUGUUGUUGUUUUUUUGGGGGAGGAGGAGUGGGGGGGGGCGUUGUUCCAGAUUGACCUUUAUGACACCUUCUCAAUUGAACCUCUGAAAAUGUGCCGAGGCCAUUCGGAUUCUUCAGAUGAUUUUAUGACUUUGUGAAAAAAAAGAAAAAAACAAACAAACAAACAAAAAAAGCUAAAAACUUUGGAUGCUGUGUGCUUGUCAGACAAUCAUUUUCUCAGGUUGGGAGGGCGAGAGCUUUACCUUCACCCAUCUCUGAGUCUGUGUGUGUGUGUGCGUGUGUGUGUGGUGUGUGUGUGUGUGUGUGUGUGUGUGUGCGUGUGUGUGUGCGCGCGCAAAUGAAGACAGGAUGGUUUUCUUGCGGCUGUGGCAUCUGUUUGCGGCGCAAUGCAUUUUCUGAAUCCACGCAGGAGCUUACCAACUGCAAUAAGAUGUUUGAAGGUCUAACCGUAGGCGCACUACGCUUUUUUAUUAUUUUAAGGAAAUCUCUAAAUUAGAUUCUUUCUGUCAUGGAUUCAGCAGGUGCACGAGUUCUUUCUACUUUUACCUUUUCAAUCUUAGAAGUAUGUCUUCCCCUUGAUGUCUUUACACCACGAAACUUUGUAAAAAAAAAAAAAAAGAGUAUUUCUUGAUGUCAGUAUGAGCAAUUUGAUCAUUGUAUUUAUUGCCAGGUUUAACAUAGAGGCUGGGGGAGCAAAACAGGUUCAUGAAUUGAUUAUUUGUAAUCGACCUGUAAUGGAAGGGAUGGAAGGGGCUCUCUGGCGACAUUUGUCCCAGUCACCUUUCCGACCUUUCUGUCCCUUUGAACGGUAAAAAAAAAAAAAAGGCAAUCAAAGUAUUCAUUUGAAAGUGUCCUUUUUUUCUAGGAACUGCUUUAAAGCCAUGGUACAAUUUUGAAUACUUAAAACAAGCAAAGAAAAAAAAAUGUUAAAAAAAAAGAAGUGGCGUUUAGUUUGAAAUUUGCCACAUUUUCCUCGGUUAUGUUUCGAUUUGGUACCCUACUACGUUUUUUAUUGUUAUUAUUAUUAUUGCUUGAAAUUUGUUCUCUUUAAUGCUCCUUUUUACACCUGUAUGCUAAAACCCACGGUCCAAAUCUGUCGGAUUUUUGGUCCAAACGUCAAUCUUGUAGCAACUGGCAUGACUGUAAACUGUUUCUCAUGAAUCUCCACUGAUGAAAAUAAAUAAAAAUAAAUAUAUAUAUCAGCAAUUAUCAGGUAAAAUGUACAUGAAUUAGGCCACUUUUAGAAAACUCUGGGAAAGAAAAUAAACGAGUUGCUUCAA